AUGAGUGCAAACAGUGUCAACUUGCACCGUUUGCGUCUCAAACUAUUCGGCCCCACGUUGGACGAUUCCAUAUUGUAUGGAAUUGAUCGCAUAAUUAACUGCUUCGCACACGGACAGAAAGGCAGCGAAGGGCCUCUGAAAACCGAAAGCUUCUAUCGGUCCUGUGAAGCUUUGCCAGUGUGCGACGGAACAGCUCCGAAUCCUCAGCUCUUAGCACCGAAGCUUUCCACCGACGAGAUGGAUAUUAUCAUUGACGCAAUUGUUCAGUCUCGCCGCAAUAGUCCAAAGCCCGGUAGGGAAGUGACAACACCCGCCAGCAGUCACAAUGUAGAUCCGCAGCUACGCCAAACCCGGUGGGCCAUGGCAAGAAUCAACGAGUUUGACGAUGGUGGGAAAACGUACGAAAUUAUAAAGCCACUAGAAGGGGGACUGCUACCGCCGGUGUCGCAGGACACGGAAAUUGUGUUCGCCAUACUGCAGAACGGGAACACACUCUCGUACCGGAGCCAGCUUCAGCUAGAUCCAUCGGCGGAAUACCGCCGAUGCUGA